AUGAGUUUUGCUCUUAUGCGUGGUUUUCGACCAUUAAGUCGUAUUGUUCAUCCAUCUUUGGUUAAUUCAUAUUUUCUUGGUGGCCCGUCCUCAAAAUCAAUGAUACCAGUUGCUAGUGGAACAGCAGUUCAACCGGUAUUUUCACUUCAAAAUCCAACAGCGAAUAUGGCUGUAUUUACAACUUCGGAUCAUUGGAAAGUUGAACGUGUGGUAGCUGUUGCUAUGCUUGCUAUAAUUCCAGGUUCAUUUGUCGUUGAUUCAGCAUUGAUGAAUUACUUACUUGCUGCUACAAUGGCUAUUCAUGCUCAUUGGGGAAUGGAUGCUGUAUUAAUAGAUUAUUGUCCUAGAAAAGCCUUACCUUUCGCUAAUCUCAUUCGAUAUGCAAUGACAGCAAUCGCUUUUGGUGGUCUUUGUUAUUUCAAUUACAAUGAUAUGGGUUUAACAAAAGCAUUGAAAGCACUUUGGGCUCUACAUUAA